AUGGCGACCCAGGCGAAGCGCCGGCGGGUGGCAGGGCUUGCGGGCAGCGAGGACCCGGCCCCGGUGGCCAGCUUCCUGAGCUGGUGCCGGCGGGUAGGACUGGAGCUGAGUCCCAAGGUGGCGGUGAGCCGGCAGGGCACGGUGGCCGGCUACGGCAUGGUGGCUCGGGAGAGCGUGCAGCCCGGGGAGCUGCUGUUCGCGGUGCCGCGGGCCGCACUCCUGUCGCAGCACACCUGCUCAAUCAGCGGCCUGCUGGAGCGAGAGCGAGGCGCGCUGCAGAGCCCGUCGGGAUGGGUGCCGCUGCUGCUGGCGCUGCUGCACGAGCUGCAGGCCCCGGCCUCGCCCUGGAGCCCCUACUUUGCGCUGUGGCCCGAGUUGGGCCGCUUGGAGCACCCCAUGUUCUGGCCAGAGGAGGAGCGCCGGCGAUUGCUGCAGGGCACCGGCGUACCCGAGGCUGUGGAGAAGGAUUUGGCCAGCAUCCGCAGCGAGUAUUAUUCCAUCGUGCUGCCCUUCAUGGAAGCCCACCCCGAUCUUUUCAGCCCCAGGGUUCGCUCUCUGGAACUCUACCGCCAGCUCGUGGCUCUUGUGAUGGCCUACAGCUUUCAGGAACCACUGGAGGAAGAGGAGGAUGAUGAAAAGGAGCCAAACUCCCCUUUGAUGGUGCCUGCUGCAGACGUACUAAACCACUUAGCCAAUCACAAUGCCAAUCUAGAAUACUCUCCAAAUUGUCUUCGGAUGGUGGCCACUCAGCCCAUUCCUAAAGGCCAUGAGAUUUUCAACACUUAUGGGCAAAUGGCUAACUGGCAGUUGAUUCACAUGUAUGGUUUUACUGAACCGUAUCCUGACAACACGGAUGACACGGCUGACAUUCAGAUGGUGACGGUUCGUGAAGCAGCGUUGCAGGGAACGAAAGUUGAAGCUGAAAGGCUCCUACUGUAUGAACGCUGGGAUUUCUUAUGCAAACUGGAGAUGGUAGGGGAAGAGGGAGCCUUUGUGAUUGGGCGGGAAGAAGUGCUGACAGAAGAGGAACUGGCCAUGACACUCAAGGUACUGUGCAUGGCUGCUGAGGAGUUCAGAGAAUUUAAAGACCAGGAUGGAUGGGGAGACGAUAAAAGGGAAGAGGACAGCCUGACAAUCACAAAUAUCCCCAAACUCAAAGCAUCAUGGAGACAGCUUCUUCGGGACAGUGUUUUGUUGACCCUGCAAACCUAUGCCACAGACUUAAAAACUGAGCAAGAUUUACUCAGUAGUAAGGAGGUCUACGCCACACUCAGCUGGAGGGAACAGCAAGCCUUACAGGUUCGUUAUGGUCAGAAGAUGAUCUUACACCAAUUGUUGGAACUGACUAAUUAGCAGGUUCCCUUUUUCCUGAAGGAAUGUCCAGGAGAAGAACUUUCUGCUAAGCUGGCACACAUUGAUGCUUGAAAAGGAUAAUUUGGACCUUUUGUUUUGCAUUUCACACUAAAUACCAAAAGGAAAAGUAGCAAAACUGUUGUCUAGGAUGAAUUCCAAGGUAAGAGUGA